AUGCCGUGGUUGGUGUAUAUUUUGACAUUCAUUGCUCAAUUAUCACUCAUCAAUCAAGGUCAUGACAUGGGCUCUUCAUCGGGAGUCAGUCGUCUUUUUAAAGACAUCGAAUAUCUUCAUCUGACACAAGUAUGGAAUCAGUUGAUUACAGCUGGAUCGUUGCCAAGUGCCGCUGUUGCUAGUUUAAUUGGGGCUUUUAUCAGCGACAGUUUCGGUCGAAAAAAAUGUCUAAUGUUUGCUUGUAUUUGUUAUAUACUUGGGUGUGUCGUCUCUGGCUCUGCUUAUAAUAGAGCGUCUUUACUAAUCGGACGUUUACUAAUCGGAUGCGGAAUUGGAAUUGCUUGUGCUGCAACUGCUGUGUACGUUGCAGAAUGUUCUCCAAGCCAUCUGCGUGGUCGUCUGAUUGGUUUGAGUCAGCCAUUUUUGACUAUAGGGAUUUUAUUUGGCACGAUCAUCUCCGCACUUUUCAGCUACGACAAAAAGAACGGAUGGAGGUACAUAUGGGGUAUCCAGGCUCUCUUCAGUUGUACCCAAUUCUUUGCCUUGAUUUUCCUUCCGGAAUCCCCACACUGGUUUAUUCAGAAAUCUCGUAAGGAUGAAGCGACGAAAGCAUUGAUUGGAAUUCGAAAUACAAAAGAUGUUGGAGAAGAAAUUCAAGAAAUCGAAGCUAAUUUUAAUGAAAUACAGGAAUCAAUUGCAAAAUUAGGUGGAGGUAAUUUGCUUGUGAAGAUGCUUAAAACUCGCUCUGUAAGACGGGCUCUAGUGGUCGGUUGUGCAAUACAAUUAUUCGCACAGUUCUCGGGUGUGAAUACAGUUAUAUUUUACAGUGGAAUCAUAAUCCAAAUGUCUGGCGUUGGAAAUGUGUCAAGUGCUCUCUGGGACUCUGUCAUUGUUAACUGUUUUAGCCUCACGUUUGCCAUUAUUGGAAUGUGGCUGGUCGACUCAGUCGGGAGAAGGAAAUUAUCAAUUAUUGGACUCUUAGGUCUAUUCUUCAGCAGUUUGUGUAUAGGAACAACUUUCCUUAUGGAAGCCAUAUAUUCCCCAAGGGUCAAUACCACAAACGAUUUUCUCAACGACACCUGUUCUACAUACAGUCAAUGUAACGACUGCGUCAGGGAUGCAGAUUGUGGCUUUUGUUAUGAAGAUAUACGUGAUGUCAUAGACGGCGAUUGUCUACCAGUCAACGACACCUCUCAUCUGAUAUCCGAAGUAGGGGCAUGUAACUCUUCAUUAAGUCGUUCAAAAUAUUCCAUGAAAUGGGCUUAUGAUUAUUGUCCCGUGUCUUUCUCGUGGGUAGCGAUUAUCGGACUUUCGCUUUACCUUAUGUUUUAUGCUCCAGGUAUGGGUCCCCUACCGUGGACAAUCAAUGCUGAGAUUUACCCCCUGUGGGCACGAAGCACCGGCAAUGCCCUUGGUUCCAUGACUGCUUGGAUCUGUAACUUGAUUAUCGCAGUUUCGUUUCUUUCAUUUGUUGAACUCAUUCGAAGUUACGGUGUUUUCUACGUAAUGGCGUCCGUGGCUCUCAUUGGAUCGGUUUUUUGUUUCUUCUUUCUGCCUGAGACAAAGAACAAAUCUUUGGAAGAAAUCGAAAUUUUGUUUUCGCCGAAGAAGCCAAAUGUUUAA